CCCCCCAGGGAGCAUCCUGGGGAAAAGGGUCUUGCCCAGGGACCCAGAGUGACAGUCUGUGGGAUUCAAACCGGGGAACUUGCAGCCGUCCCAGGACGCAAGCGACCUGAAGGCAACCAGGCCAACACCGCCACAUGCAAAGACGCACGACAAGCUGUUAAGUUCAUCGCCUGCCAUGAGGAACCAUCCCCUCCCCCUCGUCUUCGUGUGCCUGCUUUCCAUCAGGGGUCCACUGCCCUCUGCAUGUGCAGGCACCGGGAUGCCUCCUAAUGGCCCCAUCCUUCCCACAGAGGACUACGAUCGUUUGGACGAAGACACCACCGUGGCCCCGGUCAGACAGUCCACACAUGCCGGACCCCUCCAGCGGUGCGACUACCAUCCCUGCCGUGAGAAGCAGACCCUCUGUGAGGUCCUCGCUGCCUCCUCCGGCUGCCUGUGCCCGGGCCUCACGCUGCACGACCGACGUCCAGAACCCCCCGAGCUGAGGUCGGUGUCCUGGAACGGCUCGGCGGUUGUAGUUCGGUGGUGUGCACCGAAUUCCCACGUCAAAAAUUACGUCGUGACAAUCGGCGGCGAGGAGAUGCCAUUGUUGGCAAAUGAUAGGAGGAGCGUCGCACUGGAGCAGAUAGACGGCAAAGCGGAGGUGUGUGUGACUGCUCUGAACAACGCCGGGGGAAGCGAGCGGUCCUGCAUGGAGUACCAGCCGAGCAGCAGCAGCCUGCCGCUGACCGCGGGCCUCAUCGGGGGGGCCCUGGGCCUCCUGCUGCUAAUUCUGCUGGUCGCUCUGCUGUGCAGGCGCAGGAGGCUAAAGAAGCAGGAGACCAGACACGUAUGAAGAACGGAGCAGAGAGUCACGACCAGGCAAACAAAAAAAACGCUUUCAGAACGUCUGCGUGUCUCAAGGAAGGAGGAAACAGGGUUCAUUGACUCCUUUUUCAUAUCUAGCUGGUUACAUUCAUCUCAACACUUGGUUUAUUCGUGGAAGCUGAGGAAAAACUGAUUUAAACUCGAGCUGAAUAAAAGUUACUAUUAUGGACAGAAGAAACAGGAAUGAGAAAAAUAGUUUUCCAUUAAUGUUUAACUAAUCCCGUUUAACCUACAUUAAGGUAAAACCAGCGUGCGGAAUGAAAACUGUACCUUUUCCACUGGGAGGUCUUCAUUACAUAUCAAGACAACAGAAAAAAAAAAUCAGGAGAUUUAUAUUUAUUUCUCAGGAUUAGAUUAAAAAUUAUAUUAAAAAAAAAAAUCUAUGACAGCUUUCAUCCGACAGAAUUAAGGAAAACAAUCUGCAAACUAAUAUCUAUUCACGAACGUCUGAACCGAGCGAUGAAAAACACGCACAGUCACAGAAACAUCUCACAGCUGAUUAAAAAAGCUGGUUCUCGCCACAGCCCAAAGGUUUGGGUUUGGCAGCCUAAUUUUGAUCUUAUCUCUACUUAUAGAGAAGGGGGAAAAAAAAAUACAGAUGACCAGUCCUGAGCCAUCGGCUUUCAGCGCCAGAACCGCCACAAUAGAACUGAAACCAGGGCCUCACUGAACCGCAGCUCCAGUAGGUUAAAGCUCAGAUCUGAUGGAUUCGUGUGCAUCGGUUUACUUUAUUUAAACUUGAAUGUCCCUUGUAGUUUAUUAAGAUACAGCUUCUUUUCAGCAACGCAUGUAAGUAUCAAAGAUUUUAUACACAAAAGCACCAACUUCAAACCAUAUAACAGCAUAAUUAAAAACCCUUGAGAUAUUAAAGGAGAACAAUCCUUAACGUUUAAUAAAAAAAAAGAAAUGAAAACAGUGAUACUGUUUUGUUCAGUGCCAAGUUUCAUAAUAAACAUAAACGUAUGAGCUUUCUUUUCCUAACUGAUAAAAAUGUCCAGUUGACCAACCCCGCUGUAAAAGCAUAACCCCGCCCUGAGACACAUUUUGAACAAUGCCACCAAAGUGGGCAGUGCCAGGAGACCCAAAGGGGCGGGGCUAAGUGUAGGGAAGGUUCAACUCGCCAAGGGGGCGUGUGUCUGGCUGCGAUGAUGAAAGCGUGUACCAAUUUGAACCAAUGGGGAAAAUUCAACUGCAGUAGCCACCGUUCAACCCUAAGAGGGCAGCACUGAGACGCUUUUUCAAAUCCUGCGGAACUAAACCAGCUCACAUGAACAUGUACAAGAGAAAUAUGCAUGGUAACUUUAAAGUAGCACCCUCAGGCCCAGUUUAUGCAGUUUAUCUGCAAAAAAAA